AGAAGACAUAACUGACUGGACAUUCACGCCGGACUCCUGGACAGCUGACAACACGGAGGGACACCUUGUGGCUGAGAUUUUCUGCGCAUUUCUACACAAACAGCUCUCAGCUCUCAGCUCCUCAGCGCCAUGACCAGAAAGGUUUUCACCAACACGAGAGAGCGCUGGAGACAGCACAAUGUCAACACAGCCUUCGCUGAGCUGCGCAAGCUCAUCCCCACCCAUCCUCCGGAGAAGAAGCUGAGCAAGAACGAGAUCCUGCGUCUGGCCAUGCGCUACAUCAACUUCCUGGUGCAGCUACUUGAGAGCCAAAGCGGUCAGCCAGCCAGCCACUCCCCCACUGCUCUGCUCACCUUUCUCAGAGGAAACAUGGAGCAGCUGCACUCCCCUCCUCAUACCUGGGCCCUGACCAGUGACACAGAGGUCCCCUCACCUGGAUCCAGCUGCGACAGCUCAGAGGCCUGGUAGAACCAAGAAAUAAACUCCUGAGUGGACUUUCUGACCUUCUUCCUGGGUUUAAAAACUGAUCUUGUCCUUCCUCAAGACUCAUUUAUGUCUCUGCGUUUGU